AUGCCAACCAUGGAGGCCCUGCGUGAACACGGUACGACGUUCCGCAACUACCCGUAUGCGAAAUACGCAACCGACGUCAAGUUCCAACCAUCCCACCGUCCGUCCGGCCGCUUCGGGGAGCAAAAACACUACUUCAGCGGCAAGCAUAAGCUCUACGGACUCAAGAUCGAAGCAUCCGUUUCUGCGCAAGGUCUGCUCGUGGAUAUGGGUCCCCACGAACCUGGAUCGGUUGCCGACCUCACAAUGUUCCGCAAGCGGCUGGAUGUGCACGUAACGAAUCUGAAGAAGACACCUACGGAAGCAACCGUGAAUGACAAUGACAAGGGUUACUAUGGCCUGACUGAGUCGGUCCGCGCCAUCCACCCAAAGAAGCGUCCGUUGUUUGGGGCGAUAAAAUAUACGAUGGCAUUCAACGACUGA